GAUAUCCCAUCAAAAAACUAAAAUAAACAAUGAACAUUUUUAAGCUUACUUUUAAAGUAUCAUAAAAAUUCGACACGAAAUCCGUAUUACAUUGACUCUUAAACAAUACAACUGCAAAUUGUGUAACUUGAUUGGAUCAUCUUCCAGCUGCUAUAUUCGGAGCGUCAGCAAAGUAUUGCAUACAUUUUGAAGAGAUUUAAAGUCAAAAGGAUCUGGUAAAGAAGCUUCUAAUAUAUAUAUUGGAUCGAACAAAAUUUACUCCAGACGCCGCAACCAACCACACCCACGCUUUUGAAAAUACGUUUAAAACACAUUUUUCACUUCUUAGAAAUGGGUAAUAACGCAACUACAUCUAAUAAGAAAGUAGACGCUGCUGAGACGGUGAAAGAGUUUCUUGAGCAAGCAAAAGAAGAAUUUGAAGAUAAGUGGCGUCGAAACCCCACUAAUACUGCAUGUUUGGAUGAUUUUGAGCGUAUUAAGACCUUAGGUACUGGUUCUUUUGGGCGUGUUAUGAUCGUCCAGCACAAACCAACAAAAGACUAUUACGCUAUGAAGAUUCUUGAUAAACAAAAAGUUGUUAAACUUAAACAGGUGGAGCAUACCUUAAAUGAAAAACGCAUUCUCCAAGCUAUUCAGUUUCCGUUCCUGGUUUCUCUUCGUUACCACUUUAAAGAUAACUCCAAUUUGUAUAUGGUAUUGGAAUACGUUCCAGGAGGAGAAAUGUUUUCGCAUUUACGUAAAGUGGGUCGUUUUUCAGAGCCCCAUUCUAGAUUCUACGCUGCACAAAUUGUACUUGCUUUUGAAUACCUUCACUAUCUUGAUCUGAUUUAUCGAGAUCUUAAACCGGAGAACUUAUUGAUUGAUUCACAAGGAUAUCUUAAAGUCACUGACUUUGGAUUUGCUAAACGCGUUAAGGGACGCACAUGGACUUUGUGUGGCACACCUGAAUAUUUGGCACCGGAGAUUAUAUUAUCCAAAGGCUACAACAAAGCUGUCGACUGGUGGGCUCUUGGAGUGCUGGUGUAUGAAAUGGCUGCUGGCUAUCCACCAUUUUUUGCAGACCAACCGAUUCAAAUAUAUGAAAAAAUCGUCUCGGGAAAAGUGCGAUUUCCUUCUCAUUUUGGUUCCGACUUGAAGGACUUGUUACGUAAUCUAUUGCAAGUUGAUUUAACAAAGCGUUACGGCAAUUUAAAAGCAGGUGUCAAUGAUAUUAAAAACCAAAAGUGGUUUGCCUCUACGGACUGGAUUGCUAUAUUUCAGAAAAAAGUUGAAGCACCAUUUAUUCCCCGGUGUAAAGGUCCUGGCGAUACUAGUAACUUUGAUGACUAUGAGGAAGAAGCGCUUCGAAUUUCUAGCACUGAAAAGUGUGCAAAGGAGUUUGCUGAGUUCUAAUUGUAAUACAGUUUUUACAUACUGACGAGUAUGAACAAAAUUAUAUACAUAUUGACCUAACAAUUUAAAAAGUAAGAAAUAUACUUUAUACAUACUUACGCUGGACAUGUUUUAUUUCAUGUUCCGGGUAGUUCAUCUGAGUUCUGCAUACUACUUAACAAUUACUUUAAAACAAUGAUUUAAAAAAGUUAGAAAUAAACACUUCAAAAAUGAACAGCAAACGAUAGGAUCCUCAAUAGUUAAAAACACUUAAAAGACAAUGUCUCAGUGUAUCUCCAGUGCGAAACAGAACAUCCAAAGCGUGGUUAAUUAAAAGGAAUAUAGGCAUAAACUAAGGAAACAACGUAUGCUUGGUGACGUAUUUUAGUUGCUGUAUCCGGAAUCAAGAUUAAAAUAUAUUAUAUCGUCAGAUGUUUGGAGCUAUCGUAUGUGAAUACUUGGAUACUACUACGAA